GCGUCGUGAAACUCCAUCCCCACACGACUGGGUUUGGGCCUCUGCGCGGUUGAAGCUGCAGGAGAAGCUUCAACCUUAAGGGGGCCUCAGGGAAGCGAGGAGUGGCGCCGCGGCGGAGCGCUCCUUCUCCGCGGCUGUGGGGCCCGGGCCGCGGCCUGGGCGGCGGCCCCCGCUCAGCGUCUCCUUGUCGCUGCAGCGCGCGGGGCGGAUCCGCCAUAUUGGAGCCGGAGCCGCAAGUUCCCUGCAGCGGCGGUGGCGGCGGCGGCGCGAGGCGGGCCUGGCAGCGCGGCCCGCGCGGCGGGGGAGCGCAUGAGCCGCCGCGGCUAAGCCUCUUCCCCGCCCACCGCCUGCGCUCGGCCGGGGGGACCCGGCCGGGAGGGGCCGCGGCGGCCGCAGGAUGUUCUCUAAGAAGCCGCACGGGGACGUGAAGAAGUCCACCCAGAAGGUGCUGGACACCAAGAAGGACGCGCUGACCCGCCUCAAGCACCUGCGCAUCGUCAUCGAGAAUGCAGAAUCUAUUGACCUUAAACAGUUUUUUGACCAACAUUUUUCACAUAUAUACUAUGUGUUUUUUGAAAAUUUUGUGACUAUUGAAGCUAGUCUUAAACAAAAAGGUCACAAGUCUCAAAGAGAGGAAUUGGAUGCUAUACUUUUUAUUUUUGAGAAAAUUUUACAACUUCUUCCAGAAAGAAUUCAUCAGCGAUGGCAAUUUCAUAGUAUUGGUUUGAUUUUAAAGAAACUACUCCACACAGGAAACUCCUUAAAGAUCAGACGGGAAGGUGUUCGUCUCUUCUUGCUAUGGUUGCAAGCUCUUCAGGAUAACUGUAGCAAAGAACAACUCUGGAUGUUUUCAUGCUUGAUCCCUGGGUUUUCAGCACCACAAUCUGAAUAUGGACCUCGAACUUUAGAUAAUCUUAUUAAUCCUCCACUCAACCUUCAAGAAACUCAAGUAACUAUAGAGGAAGUUACCCCUCUUGUUCCCCCGCAGUCAGGAGAUAAAGGACAAGAAGACCUCACAAGCUAUUUUCUUGAAGCACUUUUAAAAUAUAUAGUAAUUCAGGUAAAAAGUUUAGAAUGGAAGAACAAAGAAAACCAAGAAAGGGGAUUUUCAUUUUUGUUUUCACAUUUUAAGAAGUUUUACUUGCCUUAUAUUUUCCCAAACAUCUGCAAGGAGAAUAGUUUAUAUCAUCCUGUACUUGAUAUCCCACAGAUCAGACCAAAGCCUCAUUACGUGAUGAUAAAGAAGGAUGCUGAAACCAAUGAAGCAAUAUAUUGUACAAAAGAGCCUUUCAUCCAAGCUCGGGUUAUUGUCAUUCGUUGGCUGGUUUCUUUCUGGCUUGAGCCAAAACCACAUUCAGGACCUAAUAUUCCUGGGAUGGAAGGUGAAGUUUUGCCAAAGAAUAUUCAGAGAGCAGCUGCUAGUUUGGUAUCCAGAGAAGACAACAAAAAUGAUAAUGUUGAUAAAGCAGACAAAAGUGCCGAGCCAGAGCAGUCCCAUUCCAAUACCAGCACUCUCACGGAGCGAGAGCCUAGCUCCUCCAGUCUCUGCAGCAUUGACGAAGAGCAUCUCUCGGACAUCGAGAUUGUUCGCAGAGUGUUUUCAUCCAAAAGAAGCAAUGUAAACUUUGUCACAGAGAUAUUUCGCCAGGCAUUUUUAUUGCCAAUUUGUGAAGCAGCAGCUAUGAGAAAAGUGGUGAAAGUGUAUCAAGAAUGGAUCCAACAAGAGGAGAAGCCUUUGUUUAUGCAGGAGCCUGACGAACGUGUGCUCCCUUCUUCAGAUAUACCUUGUCUCGAAAACAUUACAGACCAGAAUAUUUCAAUAGAAGAUGGAGAAAAAAGAGAAGAGGAAAAUGGGACCAAUAUUUCUGAGCAUGUUCGAAAUUCUAGUUGGACCAAAAAUGGUUCUUAUCAAGUUGCUUUUCAUGCCUCUGAAGAAGCCACAGAACAAAAUAUUCAAGCUGGUACACAGGCAGUUUUGCAGGUGUUCAUUAUAAAUUCAUCAAAUAUAUUUCUUCUUGAACCUGCGAAUGAAAUAAAAAAUCUUUUGGAUGAGCACACAGAUAUGUGUAAACGUAUUCUUAACAUUUAUCGAUACAUGGUUGUGCAAGUAUCAAUGGACAAGAAGACCUGGGAACAGAUGCUGCUCGUGUUGCUCAGAGUCACGGAGUCUGUGCUGAAGAUGUCAUCACAAGCUUUUCUACAGUUCCAGGGGAAAAAAACCAUGACCCUGGCAGGUCGACUUGCAGGACCACUUUUCCAGACUCUCAUUGUUGCCUGGAUCAAAGCAAAUCUAAAUGUAUACAUCUCUCGAGAACUCUGGGAUGACUUGCUGUCAGUGCUGUCGUCGUUGACCUAUUGGGAGGAAUUGGCCACUGAGUGGUCUCUGACCAUGGAGACACUAACUAAAGUGUUAGCCAGGAAUUUAUAUAGUUUGGAUCUCAGUGAUUUGCCAUUGGAUAAGCUGAGUGAACAGAAACAAAAAAAGCACAAAGGGAAAGGGGUUGGACAUGAGUUUCAGAAGGUUUCAGUUGACAAGUCAUUUUCUAGAGGAUGGAGUCGUGAUCAGCCUGGCCAAGCACCCAUGAGACAAAGAAGUGCAACAACCACUGGCUCCCCAGGAACUGAAAAGGCAAGGAGUAUAGUACGGCAAAAAACUGUUGCCAUGAGAAGCCGAUCCAUUGGUGAAUGUGCUCUGCCAUCGGCCUAUAUUCGCAGUGCUAAAAGUGCUCCUGUUCUGAUCCAUACUUCCAAACCCUUCUUGCCUGAUAUUGUUCUCACUCCCCUUUCUGAUGAGCUUUCAGAUAUUGAUGAUGCUCAAAUCCUUCCCCGUUCCACCAGAGUACGACAUUUUUCACAGAGUGAAGACACUGGAAAUGAAGUUUUCGGAGCUUUGCAUGAGGACCAGCCAUUGCCUCGAAGCAGCAGCACUUCUGACAUCGUGGAGCCAUUCAGUGUUGAGCGAGCCAAAGGUGCAGUUCCUGUCGUUGACAGUUCAUCCCGUCAUGCUCCAGGCUUGCAGAGCUCCACAGAGGCUUCUUCAAUAACUAGAGCCACUGAAGGCCACAUCACUGAUACUCAUAGCAGAGAGUCUUCUCUGGAAGUUGGUGAUAGCAUAUAUGACCAUCUUUGUCAUUUAAUAGGUCCAGUAGAACUUGCAGAUGCAGCUUUCGAACAAAUCCAGUACAUUGACCUUGAAGGAGAUGAGGAUCUUCUUUCUUCCCUGAAAGAAUACUUUAAGGAAAACCAGGAAAAUCAUAGUAAAAAUGAGCUAGGUAACGAUACAGCUUCUCAGAAGGUGAUUAUUGCAGUAACUAGAGAUGAAAUACCAUCUUUAGAUAAAUUAGAGUGCAUAGGCCAGGAAAUAAAACCAGAAAAUCUAAAAUCUUGUGUUGGGACUCCUGAAAAUACAGCGUUUCAAAAAGAACCAAGCUCAGCUGUCUCCACGAGUACUCUUGCACCUAACCAGUCAGUUAGUUUUGCGAGAACACAAACUGCUGAAAAAUCUAAACAACUAAAUCUUGAUGAACAGUCCUUGGAUCCUAGUUCAGGUAGCCCUUGUGAUAAAGAAAAAAAGAAACCUCUGUAUAGACAAACAGCCACAGAAGUAGAUGCCUCUGUAGAUAUAACACUAGGUGAAAAGCUUAAGAGUAUACAAGUUAAUGAAAAAGUCACCCCAUAUAUUAUGCAUGCCAAGAAAACUGCACUAAAAGCACCAGUAAACCGCAGAAUGCCUCAUGUUUCCAACACCGGCAAGCUUUCUCCAACCAAGAGGAGCUUGUCUGAAACAGUAACCCAUAGGGCCAAAAUCAUGAAAAUUGCUGCUAAGAAACGAAAUACUGUUCAUGUUACUUUUAGGCCAUCUACUGAGUCUGUUCAGUUUUAUAAUCCACUGGAAAAUAAAGAGGCUCCAUGGAAGAUGAGACUACGGAAGCUCAGUGGCUUUAGCAGUAGUAGCAAUAGCAGUACCAGCAAUACACAGAGCAGCUCAACUAGUGGUACAGACCUUGUAAAACCUGGUGUGUACAGACCUCUAGAUAUGAUUGGUGCAGCAUCCGUUAGCAAAACAGUGAAGGAAUCCACAGAGAUCCCCACCGCCACAUCACAGAAAGAAGGAAUUGCAAGUAACCAGUUAGGGAGUCGCAGUACUCUUAGGUCAUCGAGUCACGAGGCAGGACUACAGCAGGGCUCCCUGGGUGGCGUUUAUAAAACUGUUGUACAUGCUCUUUCGAAGCCGAAGGCAAAUGUUUCCCCACAGAGGCAGAACAGAAUGCCACCAGAGGCUCCACUGAGGGAUCUGUACAGUCAUGUAAUGGGCUAUUUUGGAAGGAAAGCUGCAGUAAGUAAAGAGGACACGAGCCCCAAACUGCCUCCUCUUAAUAGUGAUACUGGUGGCAGCAAUGCCAAUGUUCCUGAUCUAAUGGAUGAGUUCAUAGCAGAACGGCUUCGAAGUGGGAAUACCUCGACAUUGACAAGAAGGGGAAGUAGUCCAGGCAGCCUUGAAAUUCCGAAAGAUCUCCCUGAUAUUCUAAACAAGCAGAGCCAGAUGCGUCCUGUUGAUGACCCAGGUGUACCCUCAGAAUGGACAUCUCCUGCCAGUGCAGGGAGCAGUGAUCUUAUGAGCUCCGAUAGUCAUUCAGAUUCUUUCAGUGCUUUCCAAUGUGAUGGACGAAAAUUUGACAACUUUGGCUUUGGGACUGACAUUGGGAUCCCCUGCUCUGCUGAUGUGGAUUUAGGUUCUGGCCAUCAUCAGAGCACCGAGGAGCAGGAAGUGGCUAGCCUAACAACACUUCAUUUAGAUUCAGAAACAAGCAGCCUUAAUCAGCAAGCCUUCUCUGCUGAAGUUGCAACAGUUACUGGUUCAGAAAGCGCUUCCCCAAUACAUUCAGCUCUGGGAUCCCGGUCACAGACACCUUCCCCAUCUACACUAAAUAUAGAUCACAUGGAACAGAAGGAUCUGCAGCUCGAUGAGAAGCUCCACCACUCCGUUCUGCAGACACCAGAUGAUCUAGAAAUCAGUGAAUUUCCAUCUGAAUGCUGUAGCGUAAUGGCAGGAGGUACUCUCACUGGGUGGCAUGCUGAUGUUGCUACUGUUAUGUGGCGAAGAAUGCUGGGCAUUUUGGGAGAUGUCAAUGCUAUUAUGGAUCCUGAAAUACAUGCUCAAGUUUUUGAUUACCUCUGUGAACUUUGGCAGAAUCUAGCCAAGAUCAGAGAUAAUCUUGGCAUUUCAGCAGAUAACCUGACUUCACCUUCUCCACCUGUUUUGAUUCCUCCAUUAAGAAUUCUUACACCUUGGCUUUUUAAGGCAACCAUGUUGACUGAUAAGUAUAAACAAGGUAAAUUACAUGCAUAUAAACUUAUUUGUAAUACAAUGAAGAGAAGACAAGAUGUAUCUCCAAACAGAGAUUUUUUAACACAUUUCUACAAUAUAAUGCAUUGUGGAUUGCUUCACAUUGAUCAGGACAUUGUCAAUACAAUCAUCAAGCACUGCUCACCUCAGUUUUUUUCACUUGGUUUGCCUGGUGCCACAAUGCUGAUUAUGGAUUUUAUUAUAGCAGCUGGGAGAGUGGCUUCUUCAGCUUUUCUUAAUGCACCAAGAGUGGAAGCACAAGUUCUUCUGGGAUCCUUAGUUUGCUUUCCCAACUUAUACUGUGAACUGCCUGCUCUCCAUCCCAACAUCCCUGAGAUUGCUGUGUCUCAAUUUACAGACGUUAAGGAACUUAUAAUUAAAACUGUACUAAGCUCAGCAAGAGAUGAGCCCUCUGGUCCUGCAAGAUGUGUAGCACUUUGCAGUUUAGGUAUUUGGAUUUGUGAAGAAUUAGUUCAUGAAUCUCAUCAUCCUCAAAUUAAAGAAGCUCUGAAUGUAAUUUGUGUUUCAUUAAAGUUCACGAAUAAAACAGUUGCGCAUGUGGCGUGUCACAUGCUUCACAUGCUGGUUCACUAUGCACCUAGACUGCAGACCUACCAGCCCGACUCGCCCUUGAAAAUUAUUCAGAUCCUAAUAGCUACUGUCACCCACCUUUUGCCAAGUACAGAAGCUUCAUCAUAUGAAAUGGACAAGAGGUUGGUUGUGUCAUUACUUCUUUGCCUUCUGGACUGGAUCAUGGCCUUGCCUUUAAAGACACUACUCCAGCCACUCCAUGCUACAGGAGCAGAAAAUGAUAAGACAGAAAAAUCUGUCCUCAACUGCAUUUAUAAGGUAUUACAUGGGUGUGUAUAUGGAGCACAAUGUUUUAGCAAUCCAAAGUAUUUUCCAAUAAGCCUUUCUGAUUUGGCGUCUGUAGAUUAUGAUCCUUUUAUGCAUUUGGAAAGUCUAAAAGAGCCUGAACCUCUACACUCUCCUGAUUCAGAACGGUCUUCUAAACUCCAACCUGUAACAGAAGUGAAAACUCAAAUGCAACAAGGAUUGAUCUCGAUAGCAGCCCGUACUGUUAUUACCCAUCUGGUGAAUCACUUGGGCCAUUACCCAAUGAGUGGUGGUCCUGCCAUGCUGACCAGUCAGGUCUGUGAAAACCAUGACAAUCAUCACAGUGAGAGUACUGAACUCUCUCCUGAGCUGUUUGAAAGUCCGAACAUUCAGUUCUUUGUGCUGAAUAACACAACCUUGGUGUCUUGUAUCCAGAUAAGAGCAGAAGAGAGUAUGCCUGGAGGAGGGCUAGCCGCUGGCCUUGUGUCAGCCAACUCAAACGUUAGAAUCAUAGUGCGUGACCUCUCUGGAAAGUACUCAUGGGAUUCUGCCAUUCUGUAUGGGCCACCCAUUGUGAGUGGUUUGUCUGAACCUACAUCUUUCAUACUUUCAAUGUCUCACCAAGAGAAACCAGAAGAGCCUCCUACAUCUAAUGAAUGCUUAGAAAACAUGACAGUAAAAGAUGAUCUUUCUCUCCAGCUUAGAAGAUUUAGAGAAACUGUACCAACUUGGUCUACAAUAAGGGAGGAGGAAGAUGCUCUUGACGAGCUCCUGCAGUAUUUAGGCACUACAAGUCCUGAAUGCUUGCAGAGAACUGGGGUCUCCCUCAAUGUUCCUGCUCCACAACCUGUGUGCAUUUCUGAAAAACAGGAGAACGAUGUCAUUAAUGCUAUCCUUAAGCAAUACACGGAAGAAAAGGAGUUUGUGGAGAAGCACUUUAAUGAUUUAAACAUGAAAGCCUCAGAACAAGAUGAGCCAACACCUCAGAAGCCUCAGUCAGCAUUCUAUUACUGCAGAUUGCUUCUUAGUAUAUUGGGAAUGAAUUCCUGGGACAAACGGAGGAGCUUCCAUCUCCUGAAGAAAAAUGAAAAGCUGCUUAGAGAACUUAGGAACUUGGAUUCAAGGCAGUGCCGAGAGACACACAAGAUUGCAGUAUUUUACGUUGCUGAAGGACAAGAAGAUAAAUACUCCAUUCUCACCAAUGUAGGAGGAAGUCAAGCAUAUGAAGAUUUUGUAGCCGGUCUUGGAUGGGAGGUAAAUCUUACCAAUCACUGUGGUUUCAUGGGAGGACUACAAAAGAACAAAAGCACUGGACUGACCACGCCAUACUUUGCUACCUCUACAGUAGAAGUGAUAUUUCAUGUAUCAACAAGAAUGCCUUCUGAUUCUGAUGACUCUCUUACCAAAAAAUUGAGACACCUAGGAAAUGAUGAAGUACACAUUGUUUGGUCAGAACAUACUAGAGACUACAGAAGAGGAAUUAUUCCUACAGAAUUUGGCGAUGUCCUCAUUGUUAUAUAUCCAAUGAAAAACCAUAUGUUCAGUAUCCAGAUCAUGAAAAAACCAGAGGUUCCCUUCUUUGGUCCACUUUUUGAUGGUGCUAUUGUGAAUGGAAAAGUUCUGCCCAUCAUGGUUCGAUCCACAGCAAUAAAUGCUAGCCGUGCUCUGAAAUCACUGAUUCCAUUGUAUCAGAACUUCUAUGAGGAGAGAGCGCGGUACCUGCAAACAAUUGUCCAGCACCAUUUAGAGCCAACUACAUUUGAAGACUUCGCAGCACAGGUUUUCUCUCCAGCUCCCUACCAUCACUCACCUUCUGAUGCAGUUGGAUCCUACCCAGAGAGUCUACCCAGUGACGCUCCCACAGCAGCACAGGUAGAUGGGGCUGACCUGGCCUCUCCAAUGUCUCCUCGAACUAGCAAAAGCCGCAUGUCCAUGAAGCUGCGUCGGUCCUCUGGCUCAGCCAAUAAAUCCUAAGGAGACACACAGCCCAGCAGUGAUCAGCAGUAGCCACCCUGGCACAAACAUAGUGUUAACUCUUUCAGGCCUCAUGUUUGCCACAGCAUUCAUGUUUCUUCCUGUACACUUCUUUGAGAAAACACUGGACUUAAAGCAAUUUGCAACUUGUUAUUUUAAAUUUGGACUAUUUAUUUAGUUCAGGUUUUUUCCCACACUCCAUGCUGUCAUAUUCUGAGGGGAUCGAGUUUUAAUUCAUACUCUUGACCUUCCUAGAUAAUCAUGUCUAAUUAGUGCUACCUUCAAGUUCAUGAUUAAUGUUGAGCCAAAAUAUAAUUGGACAGAUAGUCUUGUGUUAUUUAUUGUGCCUCAUUACAACUUUAUAAUUUAAUAAAUACAUAGUUUUUACAAAUGUAACAAUUUUUGUAGUGCUGGGAGUGGAAGCCAGCAUCCCAAACAUGCUAGGCAAGCACACUGUCCUUCACAGCCCAGUUCUACAAUAUAAAUGACUGUAAGCAUUUAUAAAGCUAGAGCAAAAACUGCACAUGUUCGUUAUGUAGGAUGUGCACAGACUGUUUGUUACAGACAGAAACUUUAAUGGCCAUGCAGCAGCUCAGAUUCCAACUGAAAUUACAUUCAUUAACUUUUUCCUCCCAAGUCAGUGUCUCAUUUCUCGGCAGCGCAGAUGACGACACAACCUCUCGAAUAACUAGGAAAAUCACCACAGGACUUUGAUUUCUUUUAGCUCCCAAACAACUUUGUUCUGCUGUUUGAGGUGGUAUCACUGUUGAGUACCAUUUCUGUUUGGAGGUUGUGGUCCUAUAUCACUGACCAGUUUAUCCUGGUGUGUCUGUGUGCGCUCCAGAGUACCAAAAGAGAAGGUUGUAGAGAGGAGGGUGGAAGACUGUUCUCAUAUAAAUGUUUGCUCAAAUUAUGUGUAUUGUUUAAAAAGUAAGGGAACAUAACCCAGGAGUCUAAGUUAAAUCUAAUAUUUUAGUACUGAACUUGCUGCAGGUGCAGGUUGUUAUGCAUCCCACCUCCAGAAGUAUUUCCUGUACUCAAUAAGCUGCCCCCUUUUGUUUAACAUGGGCAUCUCCUAAGGAAAUGUAGCAUGAUUGAUACCAACUGCAUGUGUAAAUACAUCAUCCUGACAAACCACAGAAUAUAAAUUAUGUAUCAUUCAUGUAGUGUCUACAGAUUUGUAAUGGGAUAAAAAGAUGACAUGGUAUUUAAUAAAACAAAAUAAAAUAUUCUUCACA